GUGGGAAGUGGGGCAGACGGGUUGAGUGAGGACUGCGGGACAGGAGUGGUCGGAGUCCUACAAUGGCUACUACACAAUCUAUCUUCAUAUUUGCACUCUGCAUUUUAAUGAUAACAGAAUUAAUACUGGCUGCGGAGAGUUACUAUGACAUUUUGGGAGUUCCGAAAAAUGCAUCUGAUCGCCAGAUUAAAAAAGCAUUUCAUAAACUAGCAAUGAAAUAUCAUCCAGACAAAAAUAAGAGUCCUGGAGCAGAAGCAAAAUUCCGGGAAAUUGCAGAAGCAUAUGAAGUCUUGUCCGAUGAAAAUAAACGCAGGGAAUAUGAUCAAUUUGGUCAUGCAGAAGGACGACGGACCAAUGGAAACCCCUUUCAGCACUCAUUUAACUUUGACUUUGAUCGCUUCCUUAAAGACUUUAACAUCUUUGGUGAAAACCGUAAUGCAAAGAAACAUUUUGAAAAUCAUUUUCAUAGUCAUCAGGAGGCUGAAAGCAGACAAAGACAUGCUUUUCCAGAAUUUACUUUUGGAGGGGGACUGUUUGAUGACAUGUUUGAAGAUAUGGAAAAGAUGUUUUCAUUUAAUGGGUUUGAUAACACACACCAGCAAACAAUGCAGACUGAAAACAAAUUCCAUGGAUCUAGUAAGCACUGCAGAACUGUGACACAACGCCGAGGAAACAUGGUGACCACAUUCACAGAUUGUUCUGGACAAUAAUUACUUUGCAGUUCCUUUUGCUCUAUGCUGCCCUUAAUUACCUUUUGGCUCUAUUUUUUGCUGCUGAAGCACAGAGGUUCUGCAAACCAUGAAUCUGUAGUUUAAGCACUUUAAGUGCUGAAAGUAAGUUGUAGCUAAACUGGUAAAUAUUACAAGAAGUGCAACAAAACAAGAUGGAAUUACUAUAUUAUUCCUUUGGCUGCAUAGAAUGUGCAUGUGGAGAAAAUCUCCAUAUGACAGUGUUAGAUUCUAUUUUUAAUAACAGAAGCAAGGUAACCGAAUUACCUCACUGUUCAGUUUAUAUUUUACACUUGGCAAAGUGUCAAUUUAAUGGUAUACUAGAUGGUAUUGUCAGGCUCCUAUUUCUAGAAGUGUUAACCGGUGAGUGCUUGAGUGGUUCUCUGUUUUUAAUUAGCACAGAUUUACUACUGUAAUUCUGAGUUAUUCAAGUUGACAGUAAUGACUUACAAAUACAGUAAUACAUUUAAAUAUGAUGUAUUUUGAAUUGCAUGAUUUGAUUUAGCAAAACUGACAUUUCAGGUGCAAAAGAGCUUUGAUUGUACAGUUUUGUACACAAACAUGUAUUUAAAAUGUGUAUAUAAAUACUGCUGAAACACCUCUAA